CAAGUCGAGCAAAACCCCCCGUUUAACAAGAAGACGACAAGCAAACAAUGUGAUCAGAACCGCAUGCAAAAUGUGGCAGCAGAGUCUCUUCGACAUGAAGCCACCUCAUUUUCACAGCUUUAAACGCUUCUCACCGUGUUAGGGUUGAGUUCCCAAAACACCACCCUGAAACUUGUUCCUCAUGCACAGCCCCAACUCACCCUCCUCCCCACUACGUGUCACCACCUCUAAACCUUGAAUCUUCUAUAAAAUAUGACCACCUCUACCUCUCUGAUCUCAAUCACUAUCCUUACACUACUGAGAAAGCUAAUUAAGCAUAUCAGUAAUGGCCGACCGUCCUCAGCCACACCAGAUCCAAGUCCGCCCGGCACAGUCACGAUUUGACCAGGUCGGAGACUACAAGGGCAUGCAGGUUCACCAACAACAGCGUGGUCCAUCGACCGGAAAGAUCCUUGCCGUGGUGACUCUCCUUCCGGUCGGUGGAACCCUGCUUGGUUUGGCUGGACUCACACUCAUGGCCACCAUCAUCGGGCUUCUUUGUGCGGCACCGGUUUUCCUUAUCUUCAGCCCGGUUCUCGUUCCGGCUGCCAUUGCUAUAGGCCUUGCCGUCACGGCGUUCAUCACGUCUGGGGCUUUUGGGCUCACUGGACUCUCGUCACUGUCUUGGGUCACAAACCACCUCCGUAGGGCAACUGGGGGAGUGCCGGAGCAGCUGGACUCGGCCAAGAGGCGCAUGGCAGAUAUGGGGGAGUAUUUUGGACAGAAGACGAAGGAGGUGGGUCAGGACAUCCAGCAUAAGGCGCAGGAAACGAAGAGGACAACCGGAUACGAGCCGGGUCGUGAGAGCCGUUGAAGGAAGACUUGAGAGUAUUAUGAGAAAUGGAAGGGAAAUAAAAUGUGUGGAUGUUGGUUUUCAUAGGUGCUCCUAGUUCUGCUGUGUUUUCAUAAUUUGGUCAGGAAUUAGGGAGGUAGAUAAAUUUGGGUCACUGCUACCUGUAUGCGGCACUUCCUGUUUUUCAUACUUGUGUUUAAAUGUGUUUACUGCUUAUGUCUUUAAUGUAGUGAAUUUGGUACACAAUGUUU